AAUCCAGCAGAACAGGUCAUAGCUACAACAUCUGCCAAGGCAAUUAGAUUCAGACCCCGGACUUUAUGACUAUUAUUUUUGCAUGGAAAAUACGUAAGCAGCCAGUGUUCUACCUGCCAACAUAAAACAAAUUGUAGAAGUGGCACGACUAGAUGUGCUGCAUUGGGAGGUGCGGAAUGCUGCAUACAGCCAGGAGACUUUCUGUUCCAGGAAUCUGCCACUCGAUGCUGGAUAUUAUCCCAGCUCCAGGAUUCAUGAGCCUCUUGCUACAAAUGAAAACUAGCCUGGAUAUGUAACUUCCCAAAAGUGCGCAGACCUUAGAUACUGAAUCGAAGAUAAAGCGGCAACUGUGGGAGGAGCUGACAAAUAUAGACUAACUCCAUCAGCAAGAGUUUUCUUCUGGUAUCCUCCAUGAUAAAAUGUCUCCAGUGUUGGCCAAGACAAAACAUUCUUGCCAGAAAUGUGCCGCCAUUGUUGAAAACUGAGUGUAACGCCUCUUGGUUAGAAGUGAUGCACUAUUCCUGAAAGUUCUUCUAAUUUGGGAUAAUAAGAAGAGAACGCCAUCAUGUCAGUCAUAUACAGUGAAGUUGCAGUUGAUGUACCCACCAAUGAUAGCUUUUGGAUGCCGAACAAUUACAGCAGCAGCGUAAAGCGCAUGGAAGAUGGCUACCGGCUGUGUGAUGAUAUUAUAGCCUGCUUCCAAGACAGAGCCAAGAUAGAGAAGCAGUAUUCCCUGCAGAUGGAAGAAUGGGUACGCAAAUGGAAACCAAUAGUGGAUACCAGUCCCAUGUACGGCUCCCUCUUACGCGCCUGGCAGUCCUUCAUGACAGCUACUGAGCGGCUCAGUGAGCUGCACGUGGAGAUCCAGAAGACCCUGAUGACAAAUGACACUGAGAAAAUCCGCAACUGGCAAAAGGAUACGUAUCACCGCAAGAUCUUUGGUGGAUUCAAGGAAUCUUGUGAGAUCGAAAAUGGCUUCCACAAGGCCCAAAAACCAUGGGCUAAAAAGUUAAAAAAGCUUGAGAAAGCGAAAGCAUCUUAUCACAAAGCCUGCAAGAAGGAACAUUUAGCAAGUGUCCGAGAGAACAAUGGAAAGGUAAAUCCGGAACUUUCCUUAGAAAAGCAAAGAAAGCUCACAGAAGAUCACGAAAAAUGUAAAGAGGAUAAAGAAAAGGUAAAGCAAAGAUAUGAGAAAUCCCUACAAGAACUCAAUAAAUAUAAUCCCAAAUACAUGGAGGAAAUGGAAACCGUGUUUGACCAAAGCCAGCAACAGGAGCAGAAGAAAAUACAGUUCUUUAAACAGGCUCUGCACUCUAUACACAAGCACCUGGACAUCACCAAUAAUGAGAGUAUAAUGACGGUAUAUGGCGACCUGAACGAAGCCAUUUUGGCUGUCAGUGACCAGGAUGAUUUGAAGUGGUGGAGGAAUAAACGUGGCCCCGGGAUGUUAAUGAACUGGCCCCAACUGGAGGAAUGGAACCCGGAGGUUGAGCAACAGAUAGUAAAAAAGAAAAAAGUGAAAGAGGAAAAAGUGAAGUUAUAUAGCGUGACACCCACCGAAGGCAGUAUGAAAAAACCUCCAAUAAAUGUCCCCGGAGUGCGGGUACGGGCCGUAUACGAUUAUUCCGGACAGGAAUCUGAUGAGCUCAGUUUUAAAGCAGGUGACGAACUCACAAAGAUUGAAGAUGAGGAUGAACAAGGCUGGUGUAAAGGAGUGACUGAUCAUGGUCAAGUGGGCCUCUAUCCUGCCAACUACGUGGAAGUUAUUACCGGAUAGAGGCUAAAAAGCAAUGAGAUUCAGUAUUUGGUAUAUGACAAUCAGUUCUACAAGAAUUGUACUCAUCAUCUUUACCGAUCCUUAUGCUGGGCUGGGUUUAGGCAAGUAACAUAGGGCGUGAACGUUUCUGGGUUGUUCCAGAUGAAUAGAGGAGUCUGGAUAACCACCAUAAAAAGUUUUGCCCAAAAAUGAUCUUUCCCAUGGGAUUACCACUGCCUGGGUUGUUAACAAUAUUGCCAUUCUAUCUUGCGCUCACCUGUGUUUUAUUUUUUUUUAUCGCAUUUAAGAAAAAAAAAAAUCUUCAUUUUCCGAAGUGUAAAACUGCACAAAUAUCUCAGGAAAAGUCCUGCCUGGCUCAGACCACCUUCAUACCCAGCAUGAUCCACAGUCCUAUGGAUGCUGCAGUAUAAUGUAGUGUGUGCGUUGUGACCGCCUAUUGAGAGCGUAGACUGCUUUUCUUUCUUCAUUUUCUAAAGAAAUGCUAAAGCAAUAGAAAAACAAUAAACCACAUCUAAUUGAAACAACUUGUGUU